AUGGAAGAACUGCUCACUAGAAGGAAUGUACGUCGACAUCUCCAGCAUAAAUGGAAAAAGAUUAGACAUGCUAUGAAUCUCCAAAAUGAUAUUGAUUCGCAAGGUUCUUCGAAUGUAAUAAUUGAACAUAUCUCUCGAAAGAAAAAGACCCAACUGAUAAUUUCUGUACGUGAUAAUUUAUAUUCUUUAAAAAGAUUAAUCAAGUUUCGAUAUAUUGUAAAGUCAGAGUGUGUUACUGAUAUAAAUAGACGAACUUUAAUAUAUCUCAAAAAUCUUCAUAAUCCAAAUGCGAUUGAAAAAGCUACAGAUGCCAUUAAUCACUACUAUUUUCAUAUAUUGAAUAAUCCAUCUCAUCAAAGCGAUGACUCGAAUACUGCCAGCUUGCAUAAUAUUGACCACUUAAAAUGUGUAAAUAAUUUACUUUGCCAAUUAAUACUACUAUCAGAUUUCAUCAAUCGCUUUAUUGAGGGUUACUAUAAGAGUUUAUAUGAGAAGCUAUCUGAAUUGAAAUGGGAUGAGCAUGACGAUCCAAAUUUCUUAUGUUGCUUGAUCAUAUUGGGUGAUUUCAAGAGAGGUGAACUUUGUUUUUCACAACUUCAGAUCAUAAUUCCGCUAAGGUUAGGACAGCUUAUGGCAUUUUCAUCGUGCUUCUUAUUAUAUGGUAAUCUUCCAAUCACAAGUGGUAUUCAACACAGUGUCGUAUAUUUUGUCCACAGUACCUUCUUUCAUAAUCUACAUGAUUUUUCUUCUGUCUAUAGUGAUUUUAAGAAUAGAAUUGAGCAGGAUGUGAAUGGAUCAAUUGUUCCUACAAUUCUUCGACAAGACUUGAACAAUACAAAUAGAUUAAACUGCAUAAUCAAACUUGAUAAGCCGAAAGCUAAUCAGAUUUGA